UAGCAUAUAAUUUGUUUGGCUGCUGUUGCUUGCUCACACCCAGAGGUUUGCUGUCUGCUGGUAAAUGUGUUGUARACUGGCAUGGAUGAACAAAAACACAGUCCAUCUAUAUCUAAAGACAGUGAUGUGCUCUUAGAGAUGGAACCACGAAAUACCGACGGUGAUGCCAGUAACUUUGGGCUUCAAUUCAACGAUGGCGCCAAGGACAUUCAUUAUAUUCUUGUGUAUGAGCGAUGCGAAGAGACCGAAAACAAAGAUGAAAAUUCCAAAGCUAAAGCAGAAAAUAAUGAAAAGGAACGKGAAAACUUUGAGAAAGAGAUUGUCAGCGAAGGACUUGAAAUUGAACGACGAACAAUCGAGCUUCCUGGGGUAAGUUUUAUUGCCUCUUUCAAAAUCAUAACGGUCAUUCCAUGAAAGAACUCUUAAGUACCUCACUUACUAGGUUAUCACCAGACUAUCUUGAAACUGCCUCCCAAUAUWCAAAGGCCAAAGCCUACAUAGAUGAUUAAUUUUCGCUAUUCGAUGUUUGAGAUAAUCAUAAUUUUCUCAUUUUGUCAGGAUACUUUUGAGUUUCUUUGAUCGUCAAUCAGCCGUAUAGUAUCCCAAACAGAAACGAUU